UUUUUAGUUUUUUUUUUUUAUUUACAAUUAUUUCAUAAUAUUUCUUAUAUUUCAUUUCAUUACUCAAUUCUGACUGAAAUGCAUACACAAUAUUAUUGCAUUGUGUAAAGAACUGUGCAUGGAAUUUAUUAGUGACAAACUAUUAAUAGUUGCUUAAUCGUAAUGAGCAUUUUUUGUAACAUAUCCUACAGAAUCAGGUUCUAAACCCUGAGUGGACUUGAAUUCUGUAGUCAAUAAAUAUUAGUAAAGUUAUAAAAGAUACUGUAGUCAACUGCAAGCUUAAAAAAAUUCGAAUCUUUAUCAAAAGGUUAUGUGUCAACUGCAAAACAAAACGAGUAAUCGCCGAAACAAGUGUUUUAUAAUCAACAGCCGCGCCGCACGACAAAUGUCCUUUAUAUGGAAACUGGAUUAAGUUACUCAGCAGUUUACAAAAAUCGCUAAACAGAAGCACCAGUCACCGUCAUGCUACAAGCUAUUGCCUUACUAGUGCUGACUGGUGCAUUAUGGGGAUGCACCAAUCCCUUCAUUCGACAAGGCACGAAAGGCCUCCGAGAUGUGAAGGCGAAAAGCAAGUUGGGACAAGCUUACGCUGAGGUCGCCCAUCUGCUCAGAAAUUGGCGAUACAUAGUGGCGUGGAUAGUGAACCAAAGCGGGUCGCUGGCGUACGUGGCGGCGGUGCGGCGCGCGCCGCUUUCGCUGGCGGUGCCGGCCGCCAACGGGCUGGCCUUCGCCUUCACGGCGGUGGUCGGCGCCGCCGCCGGUGCUGAGCAGCCGCUCGACAGAGGUUCAAUUCUGGGUGUCGCUCUCAUCGUUGCCGGCACUGCGUUAUGCUGUUUAGACAAGGCUGGUUAGGGUGACUUGUCUUAUUUUGAUAUGUUUUUGGAUUUUGUAUCCAUAAAUCAAUGUAAGGAAUGUUCCAAAUUUACGGCAGCUCAAUUUCUGUAAAUUAGUAACUCCAUCUAGUGAUAAAUAGUCGAACUAAUGUAUAAAUAUUCUACACUAGAUGUCGCUAUAUCGAAUUAAUCGUAUACACUUUUUAAGUGCUAUUUUAUAUUUAUAUAAAGUAAAAUAAUAAGAAUGUUACCGUAAACGAGUUUUCAUGUUAUUUUAUAAUAUGUGAAAAAGUUGAAAUAUUUAUUAAUUAAUGACAUAUUUAAUAAUUUGCUUGGCUAUCAUUCCAAAUGUUAUUAAAAACACAAUAAUGAGACCGAAUGUGUGGCACCAUUAUCUACAUUUAUACUUUAAAUUGAUAAUUUGGCGAGAAUAUUAUUUUAUGGACCUUCUAAAACAAAAUUUUACUAAUUAUAGUGCAUAUAUUCCUUAGAUUAAACAUUUCGGAGCGAUACCAAAUUGAACAUUUAAUUUAAGAUGUAGAGAACGGUGCUACAGAAUCGGCUUCUAUUUUUUUAUAUUGUAAAUAAAUAAAAGGCAUGUAUUUAUA